CGUCUCGCGAGAUUCGGCCGACGUCAUUUUUAGCGCGGAGUUUGUUGGCGGAAAGGCGUCAAACUAGUCAAAUGUUUUGUACACUUCUUUGUAUUUUAGCCUAUCGUGUCGCGUUUUGUCUGUAAAAAGUGUAUUAACCACUUUUCCCCCACUUUUCUCGAAACUUCAAAGAGUUAUUGAUACAGGUGAAUACUUUUCAGACAGCCGUUGACGUCGAACAAAUGCGAUGGAGUCUCCUGUCUGCACUGAAACCUUCCCAAUAGACGGAUGUGUCAAAUCUACCAGCAAGAAGAGUAAAACCUCCAGGAGUGUCGAGUCUGACAUUGAAUCGCUCUACAAAGCUGUUCCUCAGCUUGCCAAGACUUUUCGCAUCAUUGACAAAAUUGGAGAAGGUACAUUCAGCUCCGUCUACCUCGGUGAGGCUCGGAUGCGAGACGGCAACAGAGACAUGUUUGCCCUCAAGCACCUCAUCCCAAUUAGCCACCCGACUCGCAUCGCUGCCGAACUCCAGUGUCUCACUGUUGUGGGUGGCAGGGAGAAUGUGAUGGGCGUGGAGUACUGCUUCAGGAAGGAGGACCAUGUCGUGAUUGUCAUGCCUUAUAUGGAACACCAAGCAAUAGUAGAUAUCAUCGGGUUGUUGAGCUUUGAAGAGGUCCGUCUGUACAUCUACCACCUGCUAAAAGCCCUACGGCACAUCCACCAGUUCGGUGUCAUUCACCGGGACAUCAAACCAAACAACUUCCUCUACAACAGAAAAGCUAAGACGUUUGCCCUGGUGGACUUUGGCCUCGCUCAAGGAACAGCAGACACUCAGAUCAAACUGCUUAAGGUGGUCAGACAGAAGCCAUCGCAGCCAAGAGCUGGAAGUUCCACAGAGAGACGAGACAAAGCCCCACCUAAACCUUCCUCUUCCGCCACAGCCUCACACCAAUCCACAGCUCACCCGCCUUUCUCCCCCUCCUCUCCCCCCAUAACCACACCGGCCACUCGGAAAGCAUUGAUUAAAAAGUCACGAUCCAUCGCUGUCACAGCAGGCGCCUCUACUUCUCGCACAAAGCACACAAAGGAUUUAUUGGGAAUACGUAAAGCACAGAGGCCGGUGUUUAGCGAGAGGAACCUGAACAGCUGCACUUCAGCCGCCUCUACCACCAAGCAGGCAAAUAAGACAGAAUCUGUGAGACCAGGGGACCUGUCAAAUCGAAGGUUCCCUUCAGCUCGAGGAGGUCCAGCUAGUGUCAGAACACAGAAACCUCAACGAACCGCCCAGCAGACUUUCACCUGCUCCUGCUUCCAGACGGACCGUGUCUGCAACGUUUGCCUGGCCAGAAAGCAGCAAGUGGCUCCCAGGGCGGGAACACCAGGCUUUCGAGCUCCAGAGGUCCUCACCAAGUGUCCAAACCAAGGAACUGCCAUCGACGUGUGGUCAGCGGGAGUCAUCCUGCUCUCGCUGCUAAGCGGACGCUACCCUUUCUUCAAAGCCAGCGACGACAUGAUCGCUCUCGCUCAGAUCAUGACAAUACGAGGCUCCAGAGAGACCGGACGCGCGGCUAAAGCGUUCGGCAAGGCGGUGCUGUGCAGUCGGGAGCUUCCUCGACUGGAUCUCCGGGAGCUCUGUGAGACGCUGAGGGGGCGGAGACCAUUACCGGAUGAUGAAGUCCCGCCAGUCACAGAUGGUAAAGACACAGGCAAAGAUGGCACGGGUAAGACUCCUGCACCGCUCCCAAAAGACCAGGAUCCAACACCAGGGGAGAAACCCUGGUGUUGGCAUGAUGAGCAGGGAUGGGACAGGGUACCUGAUGAGGCCUACGACUUGCUGGACCGGCUGUUGGAUCUCAACCCUAAUAGCAGAAUUACAGCGGCUCUGGCCUUGCAGCACCCACUGUUCAAAGGCCUGUAAAGCAAUUCUACUUUGGUGUUGGUCUGUUUCUUAUUGGUACCAUUGUAUAAGUGUCGGUCAUCUUUAUGUGUAAAUGCAGCUGUAUAAUUUAUUACUACGCAGGAAACAUUGUUUUACUCCUAAUAAAGUUGAAAAUCAUUUAAAAAAAA